AAAAUGUAUUCUUUCUAACUAGCAAUUACCAUUUUAAAAAGAAAAAAAAACUAACACUUGUGAAAUUUCGAAAAUGGUCACUGUCAACGAGAUCCGCCGGGCACAACGGGCUGAGGGGCCUGCCACUGUAUUGGCGAUCGGAACAGCCAAUCCUACCAAUUUUUACGAUCAAAGUACCUAUGCUGAUUAUUUUUUUCGUGUCACUAAUAGUGAACAUAAAACUGAGCUUAUGGAAAAGUUUAAGCGCAUGUGUGAUGGGUCAAUGAUUAAAAAGAGGUACUUUCACUUAACAGAGGACAUCUUGAAAAAAAAUCCUGAACUUUGUGAAUAUAAAGCACCAUCCUUUAAUGUUAGGCAAGAAAUUGCAAUUGUUGAAGUGCCAAAACUUGCAAAAGAGGCAGCCCAAAAGGCCAUCAAUGAAUGGGGUCAGUCCACAUCCAAGAUCAGUCACUUGGUCUUUUGCACCACUAGUGGUGUGGAUAUUCCCGGGGCGGACUAUCAACUCACUAAGCUUCUUGGACUUGGUGCAUCAGUGAAGCGAUUCAUGAUGUACCAACAAGGUUGCUUUGGUGGUGGCACUGCUCUUCGACUAGCUAAGGACUUGGCUGAGAAUAACAAAGGUGCUCGAGUCCUUGCUAUGUGCUCAGAACUAAUCAACUUGCUUUGCUUCCAUGCACCAAAUGAAACUGAGUCUGAAGUUAUGGUUGGGCAAGCGUUGUUCAGUGAUGGGGCAUCGGCUGUCAUUGUUGGUUCAGAUCCAAUCGUUGAGGUGGAGAGGCCUUUGUUUGAGCUUGUGUUCGCAACUCAAACUCUUCUCCCAAAUAGCGGACAUGCAAUUACCGGUGACCUCAAUGAGGCUGGGCUAAUAGCCCAAAUACAUAAGGAUACUCCAACCCUAAUCUCAGAAAACAUAGAAAGGAUCCUAGUGGAUGCAUUCGGAUCUCUUGGCAUUUCUGACUGGAACUCUAUAUUUUGGGUAUCUCAUGCAGGUGGACGUGCAAUUCUUCAUCAAAUUGAACUGAAGUUAAACCUAAAGCCUGAAAAACUCAGGGCGACAAGGAAUGUCAUGAGCAACUAUGGAAACAUGGGUAGCGCUUGUGUUUUGUUUGUUUUGGACGAGAUGAGGAAAGCCUCUAUUAAGGAAGGGUUGGGUACCACCGGCGAAGGCCUUGAAUGGGGAGUGCUUUUUGGUUUUGGCCCUGGGCUAACUAUUGAGGCAAUUGUCCUUCGUAGUGUUUCUGUUUAGAUAACACAAAUGUUUAAAAUAAAUAAAUAAAUAAAGAAUGGUGUGUUGGAGAAAUGUUUCAGUGUUGUCUUCCUAGCUAUAUAUUGUAUUGUUGGAAAUUAACACUGAAAUUUAGUAAAUUUGGUUUUGAAAAGUUCAAGU